AUUAAAUGCUGAACCAGUAAGAGGUCUGAACCAUUAAGAGCUAGUAUAUUGCUUAACUAUUCAGAGGCAAAUGUCUGAUCAAUUCAGAUAAGAGGUCUUAACCAUUCAGACUCUGUAUAAUACUUAACCAUUCAGAGGCAAAUCUCUUAACCAUUCAGACAUCUGAACCAUUAAGAGGCUGAAACAAACAUUGCGCCGUCUUUGCUUCGUCUAGCUUUCUCUCUCAUCAUUUUACGAGGGGAGGAUUUUCAAACACAUACAAAAGAUGACAGCUACCCAUUUGCAAUGCUGUAAGGAAUUCUUUUAAGACGCAUUUCGCGUUUUGCGCGCUCUCCCUCUUCGUUCUCAGAUCAGAUCUGAUACCGGAGGGUAGGGUUCGAAGCCCGAUCAGUAGCACACUGUUAAGAGGGGUCAUACUUUGUGAGUGGCUUGAUAAUUACAGGUCAGAAUGAAGAAGGCCUUCGAUCAAACCGUGCGAGACUUAAAGAGGGGGGUCAACAAGAAAGUUCUUAAAGUCCCUUCAAUAGAACAAAAGGUGCUAGAUGCUACUAGCAAUGAACCAUGGGGUCCUCAUGGAACACUUCUUGCUGAUGUUGCACAAGCUACAAGGAACUACAAUGAAUACCAAAUGAUAAUGGCUGUAAUUUGGAAGCGCGUCAAUGACACUGGGAAAAAUUGGCGGCAUGUUUACAAGGCCUUAACUGUUUUAGAAUACUUGGUGGCUCAUGGGUCAGAACGUGUCAUUGAUGAAAUCAGGGAACAUUCAUACCAGAUAUCAACAUUGUCCGAGUUUCAAUAUGUUGACUCUAGUGGAAGAGAUCAGGGGAGCAAUGUAAGAAAGAAAUCUCAAAGUCUUGUGGCUUUAGUGAACGACAAGGAAAGGAUACAAGAAGUUCGUCAAAAGGCAGCUGCAAACCGGGAAAAUAUGUAUCGUCCUGGUUCAUAUUCAAACUCAGGGGGUUAUGCAGACAGAUAUGAUGAUGAUCGUAUUGGGGCCAGAGACGAUGAUCGAAAUGGUUAUGGAAGAGAAAGGGAAUGGGGCGGAGAUGAAGAAAGAUAUGGCCGGCACAGUGGAGAUUCAUAUGGCCGUGAAGGGGAGCGCUAUGGUAAAGAUUAUGAUGAACGUUUUAGCCGUGAUGGAUACAAAGAUGAUGACUAUAGUGGAAGAGAUCAGAGCAUUGAUGACUAUCACUCUGGUGCAAGAAGUAAAAGUGCUGACAGAGAGAGAGAUCAUGCUUAUGAUGAUGAUGCUCAAUAUUCGUCCAGUGCUUCUGGUGGAGGGCUUGACCGGAAAUAUUCUGAGCAAAACAUCAGUGCUCCUCCUAGUUAUGAGGAGGCUGUUGGCGCUGCACAGAGUCCUACACCGAUUGAAAGGGAUGGAGAAACUUCAUCAGCACACGCUCUUAAAUCACCAUCUCCUCAUUCAAGUGGUAGUCCAGGCCAAGAAACCACAGUGCUUGCGCCAAUACCUUCUGCUGGUUCAGCACCAGAAAAUAAGGAUAUUAGUAACUUUGAUGAAUUCGAUCCCCGAGCUGCUUUUGCAGCUGCUCCCCCUGGAACUGAAAUGGAUCUACUUGGCUCCCUCUCUGAUUCAUUCUCCUCCAAUACAUUGGCCCUUGUGCCUGCUGCAUCAACUGAUGUGACAUCCAAUGGUGAUCCUCCCAGUACAGCUCAGCCCGUAAACACCUUUGCUACAUCACCAGCUUCUACAGUUGCUAAUCAGGCUUUUGAUGAUCCUUUUGGCGAUGGACCUUUCAAGGCUAUUCCAUCCUCCAAUGACAUAGCUUCUCAACAUCCUGCCCCAUAUAUUCCUUCCUCAAUUCAGAGUCCUAACGUUCCUCCACCAGGCUCGCAUAAGGUGGACAUAUCAGAUAAUUUCGGAGGAACCCAUCAUGUUGCAUCGCAUUCAGCACCGGAUGCUUCCAGUGUACCACUUCCGUCAUCCAACCAACAAUAUGGUCAACAAGAGUUAUCCAGCUCUAACCAUGAAAUUGAUAUUCUGGCUGAUAUUCUCCCACCAUCUGGACAGCCGCAGAAUGAGGUUCCAGUCCCAGCUAGUCAAUUUGCACCAGAGACGGGAAUUCCAUCACAUCAAGCCACUCAACAUUCUUCACAUACGGAGUUCAUGCCACAUGCUACUCCUGCACUUCAGACUGGUUUUGCAUCUUCAAAUGGCCCGGCAUCUCUACAUGGCCCUGCUCAGCAACCUGGUCCAGCAUCAUUGGUUACUUUUUCUGCUCAGCCUGGACUUCAGUCACAGACGAGUUUUCCAACCAGUCAACCUGUUCAGCAAAUUGGACUUCCUUCUCAAACCAGUCAACCUGUUCAGCAGAUUGGGCUUCCUUCUCAAACCAGCCAAUCUUCAAAUAUGACAGGCCCUGCAGGCUUUCCAGCUCAGGCACCACAAACAGUUUUCAUGGCACAAAGUGGUCAACCUGCAGCUCUUGCCGGAUUUCCACCUCAUGGGAGCUCUCUGGCCCAACCUGGGUUUCACGCUUCUAGUGGCCCCCAGUCCUUGCAACCAGAUGCUAGAUUUUAUGGGGGUUACAAUACAUUACUUGGAUCAACUGGUCGAUCUGCACCCCCCAUGUACCCUCAACCUUCUACUGCAGCAGUGACACCUCAAUCACCACAAAUUCAAUUAAAUGCUUACACUGCUCAGCCUAAUCCUUCUCCGUCGAUCGGUUCUUUCACUGCUAGCUCUCAGCCAGCUAAGGAUAAGUUUGAGACCAAAUCUUCAGUUUGGGCGGAUACAUUGAAUAGAGGAUUGGUCAACUUGAACAUCUCUGGAUCUAAAACAAAUCCAUUAGCAGAUAUUGGGGUUGACUUUGAUGCCAUUAAUCGAAAGGAGAAGAGGAUGGAGAAGCCCACAACAUCAAUAUUGACCUCAACCAUUACCAUGGGCAAAGCAAUGGGUAGUGGUUCUGGAAUGGGCCGUGCUGGUGCAGGUGUUCUCAGACCUGCACAAAACCCUACGGUAGGUAUAGGUUCAGGCCUGGGACAGGUCAAUCAAGGGGGAGGCAUUGGGAUGGGAAAUUUAAGAGUGAACCAGCCAGUGGGAAUGGGGAUGAAUAGUCAAAUAAGCAUGGGCAUGGGACCCGGAAUGCCGAUGCAACAGCCUACAGGAUUUCCUCCCGGAUCAUAUUUACCAGGAAAUUACAAUCCUACCACCGGGACGCACAAUUAUUUUGGCCAACAGCCCUAUGGCGGUAGCGGCUACCGAUGAGGCCUAUCCAAUUAAUGAAGAAGUGGAAGAGGUGCUGCUGAUGUUGUAUUUUUACCCGAAGGUGCGGAUAUUACUGUUUUCAAUUGAGAGCGGGCUUGACAUGGAGAUUUAUACUCUAGUCAUCGAAUGCAUUUUCGGAGCAUACAUGUAUGUAAGUAAUUCUCUUCUGAAGCAAUCGAGCCAGUUGCUUAAAAAUGUGGUAUCUGAUUAUUAUAAACACUGUAGAAACUGUGGGGAUUUUAUUUUGUGUAUUGUAGCCUUGGUGGGCUACCCUUCCUCAGGUUACGUUACCUCUUCCAUUUUGGCCUUUACCCUAUACCCCCUCCCUAUACAUGUGCUUGUAAAAUUUUGUGAUACUGUUUAAUACACAGUUCCAUGAACAAUAAUAAAUGUGCUGAUUCUUU